AUUGAGUGAAAAAAAUAAUUGCAUUUCAUUUACGUUUGGUUUUUGGACUCGACUUUUGUUUUGUUGACAUUUAAUUGUGAUUUACAUCCGAUCUUUGAUUGAAUCCAUUGACCCAUUUGUUGGACACGAUGUCAGCCAUGGAUGCACUGAAGCCAUACGUCCAUAAGAUCCGAAUCCCUGUCCAAAACGACAAGAUAUACAAAGACGAGUGUGUUUUCUCUUUCGACUCUCCGUUAUCACCGGAUGGACUGUAUGUCUGUUUGAAUACGUUUCUCGGUUUUGGCAGAGAUUUCGUUGAACUCCACCACAAGAAGACCGGAAACGCGGUGUUUCUCAAUCUCAAGCGAAUCGCUCGCGAAAUGCCUCAAAGCGAUUGCGAAGAAACGAAACCAAAGAUCACGAAACUGGCGAUCGGUAUUGAAGGCGGGUUUGAUGUGAACUCUCAGCCGAAACAGCAAUUCGAUGAAAUCAAUUCAGUGGUGAUUUUACCGCAAUUUACUGUCAUUCCUCUCCCAAACCCCGAUCUUCCCGAACAGUUGUUGCAAUCAAUAUCAAUGGUGUUGUCGUCGGACGCGGCCUUCAGGUUAGAGGAGUUGCAGGCAUUGGCCGGCACUUGGGAUGGAGAGAAGAGGAUUGUCUCAAAAUAUGCCAAUGAUUUGAAGCAAUUGGAUAAUGGCGUCAAAAUUCCUCCUAAGGGCUGGAAAUGUGAGAAAUGCGACAAAAGAGAUAAUUUGUGGCUUAAUUUAACCGACGGUACAAUACUAUGCGGUCGUAAAUACUUUGACGGCACGGGUGGUAACAAUCACGCGUCCGAGUAUUACGCGGAGACUAAAUAUCCGCUCGCAGUCAAACUCGGAACCAUUACCGCCGACGGCGCCGAUGUCUAUUCUUACGAUGAGGACGAUAUGGUUGAAGACCCGCUUCUGGCCAAACAUUUGGCGCAUUUCGGCAUAAAUGUGAAGCAAAUGGAGAAAACAGACAAAUCGAUGAUUGAGUUGGAAAUUGAUUUGAAUAAAGGUUUGGGCGAAUGGUCUAUAAUACAAGAAGAAGGUUCACAAUUGAAGCCACUGUACGGCGCGGGCUAUACUGGGCUCUCAAAUCUGGGCAAUUCGUGUUAUUUGAAUUCCGUAAUGCAAGUGAUGUUCAGUAUUCCCGACUUCCAGAACCGCUAUUUCCCGCCCGACAAGAUCUUCGAGUCGGCG